UUUUCUUUUUGUUAUAUAAAAGAGAAAAAACCCAUUCUUCAAUCCUCACCCAUUCCCAAACCCUAAUUUUCAUCACUUUCUCCUUUUCUUUCAGAGCAACACACUUCACUACACUCUUGAAAGAUGGAGACUCGUGCCUCAAAGAAGAGAGCCAACACCAUUCAACAACCACCACAAGUCAUGGUUCCCAAAAGACAGAGAGUUGUUUUAGGUGAAUUUUCCGAUCUCAAUCUUCCUGAUUUUGAUUAUCAACCUACUCAGAAACUCCAAUGUAGGAAAAACCCUAACCUCAAGAAUUCAGCCACAACCAUUCCUUCCCUUGAUUCCAAUUUGAAUAAGCCGGUUCAUACCAAAAUCAAUGCCAAACGUGACAAUCAACAUAUUAUUCAGCCUUAUGUAUCUGAUAUCUCUGAUUAUCUUCGCACAAUGGAGAUGCAGAAAAAGAGAAGACCAAUGGUUGGUUAUCUUGAGAAUGUUCAGAGAGGCAUUUCAUCAAACAUGAGGGGGACAUUGGUUGAUUGGUUAGUUGAGGUUGCAGAUGAAUACAAGCUUCUUCCCGAGACACUUCAUCUGUCAGUUUCAUACAUUGACAGAUUCUUAUCUAUUGAACCUGUCAGCAGAUCUAAGCUUCAGUUGCUCGGUGUUUCAUCCAUGCUCAUUGCAUCAAAGUAUGAAGAAAUUACCCCACCAAAGGCAGUGGAUUUCUGCCAAAUUACUGAUAACACCUAUGACCUGGAAGAGGUAUUAAAAAUGGAAGCUGACAUACUUAAGUCCCUAAACUUUGAAAUGGGCAACCCUAAUGUGAUAACAUUUCUUAAGAGGUUUAUUGGGAUUGCUUGUGAGAAUCGAAAGAAUUCCAAUUUGCAGUUUGAAUUCCUGUGCAGCUAUCUUGCUGACUUAAGCUUGUUGGACUAUGAGUGUACAAGGUUCUUGCCUUCUGUUGUGGCUGCAUCGGUUAUAUUUCUUGCCAGAUUUAUUAUCCGGCCUGGAGCACAUCCUUGGACUCCUUCCCUGUGUGAAUGCUUGGGUUACACAUCGGCUAAUUUAGAAGAUUGUGUUAUCAUUUUACAUGAUUUGUAUAUGUCAAGAAAGGCAGGAUCCUUCAAAGCUGUUCGUGACAAAUACAAGCAGAACAAGUUAAAAUGUGUGGCAAACCUGCCUUCAUCGCCAGAGAUACCAAAUCAUUACUUUGAAAAAGAGUUAUGUAGUACAAUUAACUUUGUGAAUGAAGUUCAUUGCUGACGAAUAUAAAGGACUUUUUGUGGUGGGAUAGGUGGUGAUAUUAUCAAAUUUUGGGGGUUAUGCGGCUUUUGACAAUCAAUUACUGAUGGCCACAUGCUGCUGGACUGGAUCUUGGUAUAUAUAGUAAUCCAAUCACUGAUGCUGACUGCUUGUUAACUUUUGAUGAUAAUCCGCUUGUACUACUAAUGGCUAUGCCUAUUUCACUGUGUUCAAGUUGUCACUUUUACAGCCUAUGCUCUGGGGUCCUGUCCAUGAUAAACAAAUUCAUAUUUUUGGUCACUUACUAAAUCGGUUAUACUACAUUAGUUAGUGGUUAUAGUGUUCAAUUGUUAUGAUUUCUGUGGUUGAAAUAUAAUUGCAUCAAGUGUAAACAAUGUAAGAGAUAUAUUAUAGCACAUGGUUAUAAUUUUUGCAUGAAGAAUACAAGAGUUCUCCUUUAGAGUUGAAACACUCAUCUUUGUGCAUGUUUGGUGAUACAAUGGGUCUCUGCCAUAAUCAUUUUGAGUCUGUAAUUUUGCAAAACCUACCAUGAUAACAAACACACACUUAUCUUAACUCAAUGUUUUAACUCUUUCCGAUUUCA